AUGGCCGCCGCUGCAGCGAGGUGCCUGCUCUUGGUUGCCGUUGCUUUGGCCCCGCUGCUCGCCGGCGUUGCGGGUGUCCAGCUAUCGUCGAGGUUCUACGACAGGAGAUGCCCGAAGCUGCAGACCAUCGUGCGGUCGGCGGUCGCGCAGGCUGUGGCGACGGAGCCACGGAUGGGAGCGUCCAUCCUCCGCCUGUUCUUCCACGACUGCUUCGUCAAUGGUUGUGACGCGUCGAUCUUGCUUGACGACACGGCGAGCUUCACCGGCGAGAAGAAUGCCGGGCCGAACGCCAACUCGGUGCGCGGGUACGACGUUAUCGACGCCAUCAAGACCCAGGUUGAGGUGGCUUGCAGCGCCACCGUCUCCUGCGCCGACAUCGUCGCCCUCGCCGCACGGGACAGCGUCAACCUGCUUGGCGGGCCGACGUGGACGGUGCAGCUGGGCCGCCGCGACGCGCUGAACGCGAGCCAGAGCGCGGCCAACUCCAACCUCCCAGGACCAGGGUCCAGCCUCGACACCCUAAUCACGAUGUUCGGAAACAAGGGGCUCUCGCCGCGGGACAUGACGGCGCUCUCCGGCGCGCACACGAUCGGGCAGGCCCGGUGCACCACCUUCCGCGACCGCAUCUACAGCGACGCCAAUGUCAACGCCACGUUCGCGGCGCUCCGGCAGCAGACGUGCCCGCAGACCGGCGGCGACGGCACACUCGCGCCCAUCGACGUGACGACGCCGGACACGUUCGACACCGCUUACUUCGAGAACCUUGCGAGCAGGCAGGGACUGUUCCACUCGGACCAGGAGCUCUACAAUGGCGGAUCGCAGGACGUGCUGGUGCGGAUGUACAGGCGCAGAGCGAGUACGUUCUUCGCCGACUUCGCCAAGGCGAUGGUGAGGAUGGGCAACCUCGCGCCGUCGGCAGACACGGCCACGGAGAUUAGGUUGGACUGCAAGAAGAUCAACUGA